AAAUCGAGCCCACGGGAGGAUGGUCGACGAGGGCGAGGUGCAGGCCGUGGGUCUGAAGCAGUUGCUGCUGGACUACUACCAUGGCUAUACAGCGAUCAUGGGCGACGAGGUCCGAGAUAUGGCGGUCCGCGACGGUGAGACGGAGAUGAUGCACUCUUCAACAAUUCAGAGGUGGGGUUUUGAGAUGCGUCGGCGCCGGAGGAGUCGGAUCGAGAACUACGAGCCACUGGUGUGGCCAUCGUGCUCCCACGGCGACAAGGGCGUGGAAGUCGUUCGCUCCAUACUGAAACAGGCGACGGACAAGCCCAUCGAGGAGGCCUACCUCGAGGCAUUCCGCCGACUCCCCGCGGACGCCAUGCCGGACCUCGUCGAGUGCACUUAUCUCGGCGGCCACUGCAUCGGCAUCCUCGACCCCGUCUCCAACAUCAUCCUAAACAGCCUAAAUCUGCUCUGCCAUCGCCGUGCCGGCCUCUAUUCGCCACCCGAGUACCUGAUCCCGCCAGCACCUAUCAACCCUCAUAUCCGCAAAACGUGGUCAGGGAUUGCCUUUGACUCCUACUGUGCCCUCAUUGCAUUCAUGCAGGUUUAUUUCCGGUAUCUCUCCCAAGAGCAGGCCAGGUUCUGCAUCCACCUAUCUGGUGGUGACUUGCUUGUUGCCAUCUGCAUUGCUGAGAUGGAACUCAGACAGUCCAACACCAUCAUGCAGGAAAACCACAUCGCAGUCUGCCACUCCGAACUCUUCCGUGACCGGGCCAAGCUUGCCCUCCGCAUCGCAGCAAUCAAAGUCGAUCAUCCGAUGCCCGACGAUCUUUUGCUGCUCUUCCAGGAGCAGCCCACGGAGGCCAUGAGAUCGUUGCUGCUAACAUUGGAGGAAGGGCGCUGCCUAGGCGUCGAUGACGUGGAAACCUUCAUAAAGGUUUUGCACUACCAACACCUUAUGGUUCCAGCUAACCAGCACCUCACGUUGCCUCGUGCUCCAAGCAGCGGAACGGACUCCGAGUCCUGCCCUCGUUACUGUUUCAACCUCAAUGGCCAAGGAAGCAGCAUGGCAGCAACACUUACCUUCCAGCACCAGACAACAUUCAACCUUGCCAACUUGCGUUCAUCCAAGGCUAUAUUCAGCAAGAUCAGAUCCUCCAUCGGUCUCUUCCCGGGGUUCCACAUGCACACUCCGAUGGAGGUUGCCGAUGCAGAGCCCACGUGCCAGCACAUUGAGUCAAUUAAGAUGUCUCUCGUCGACAACAUACAUGCAUUUUAUGUCGAAGCUCUCGCCAAGCUGCCAAGCUCUCAUCCCCAAAGGCUUCUCCGUGGUAUACUGGUGGCAGGGCACUGCUAUGGCAUGUUGGACCCUGUCUCCAAGCUCUCAUCCCCAAAGGCUUCUCCGUGGUAUACAGCAUCCAUCCUGACCAAGAUACUUAGAGAUGGAGGAAACCCUCUCUGUGAUGCCACCAUCAUAAAAUUACACCUAGUGUGCAAAGACAAAUUAUCAUUGCCAUUGUAUGGGAUUUCUCCAAAAAAUAUUGGUAUGGCAAGGUUUCCGGAGAUUACAGCUAUGAAGCAGAGGUUGGAACAGAAGCAAAUCUUUCUUCGUGGAGAGCUUGACGAACUCCUCCGCCUCUACGCCAUUCAACAUCCUUGGGAAACAUUGUAUAAUCUGGAAAUGAUCUGCGGUGUGGAGGAACAUAGGGUGUUGUAUUCUUAUUGCUACCAUGUUAACUUCCUGGCGGCUCGAGAGGGUUCAGCACCACGAGUCCUCUUUUUUGCUCAACUUCAGAUGUCAAAAUCUCAGAGCGAACAAUCUGGUGGUGGUUCGUUUUGCUGCCCGCUUCCUUAUUAUGAUGCCAACAAUCCAUUUCCUGGACGGUGCUCAAUUUGUGAGGCCGGUAUGGGAAAAAUAAUACACCCUGCUUCUGGUGCUCACAUCGGCCCGGUACACACAGAACCUACAAGUACAGUGGAUUAUGUAUACGCGAAUGCUCCAGUGUCAAUGAAAUGCUAUCAGACUGAUAUGGAUGACCUUGUUGAGUCCGAGUUAACCUACUGUACUGAACCAUUGGAUUACUUUUCUACUUAGUCAGAAGCUACGAUGUUGUGAUCUCUGUCCUGAAAGUUCCUUUUUUCAGAGGAACAGAAACCCAAGAAAUUUAGGGAGGUCACUGAAUGAUAAUCUUAUAACUUGUGUUCCUUUUCGAAGCUAAAGCAGAAACCUCUAUCUUGGAUUCCAAUGAGUUGGAAACAAAGAUAGAUGCAGAGAUGCAGCUUAAAAAGCUUCUCCGUGAGGAGGAAUUGAAGUGGGCAUUGCGAGCCAAGGUUCGCAAAAUCGUAGAAGGCGAGGAUAACACUCAAUUCUUUCACAUGAUUGCGAAUGGGAAGCAUCAUAAAAAAAGAAUUUUCCAAUUAGAACAAGAUGAAGGGACGAUAGUUGGUCAGGAUAAUCUCAAAGAUUAUAUUACCAAUUAUUAUAAACAGUUGUUUGGUCCCCCGGUAGAGACUUUCGUGUCGUUGGAUGAGUCUAGGGUUGAGGAUGUGCCUCAACUUGAGACUGCCGAGAAUGAGCUCUUGACUGCUCCUUUCUCGGAGAAAGAGGUGUUUGAGGCUAUUACUCAAAUGGAGAACAACAAGGCUCCAGGGCCGGACGGGUUUCCGGCGGAGUUUUACAAGAAGUGUUGGCAUUUUAUCA